AUGGAGAAGGCCACAGUUAAGGGAAGCUUAUUCGAUGACGAGGUGGACGUGAAAGAUUAUGAUGUUAUGCGGAGAAGACUCGAUUUCCUGGAGGGAGAAAUGACCAUGCCACCAAACAGCAUGAAAAGUGUUAUUGACAAAACAGCUGCUUUCGUUAAAAAAAAUGGAAAAAUAUUCGAGCAAAAAAUAUACAAGGAGAAGGAAAAGCAGUUCAGUUUUAUAAAUCCCUCGCACCCCUACUUUUACUAUUAUCAGUACAAGCUACAUGAGCUAUUCAUAGGGGCAGAAGAAAAAAGUCUAAUCCCCAAAGCCAUUUUAGAAAUAAAAAAAAGAGAAGAUCUAAACAAAGCCAGUAAUAAUGAACACAUAUUAAAAAUAUGCGAUUUUAUAAAAGAAGACAAUAAACAAGAAAAAAAUAAAAUUAUUUAUGCCAUAAAUGAUCAGUCGAAUCAGGAAAUUGCACAAGAGAAAGAAGAGAAAAUUGAAGUAAAGGAGGAUAUAUACACAAUUACAACUCCAUUUAUCAGCUCAGUCGACAUCGAUUUAAUCAAAACAACAGCCUUAUUUGUUGCAAGGAAUGGAAAUCAAUUUUUAAAUGAACUCGUAGACAGAGAAAAAAAUAACAAUCAGUAUGAUUUUUUGCGAGCAAAUAAUCUAUACUUUAAUUAUUUUUCAAAACUUAUCGAUAUAUAUGUAAAAUGCCUACUACCAAAUGAUGAAAUAAUAGACAAAUUAAAAAAAUAUUCCACGAAUAAAAGCGAUAUUAUAAACUACUCGUACAGUGUUUAUAAUUUUAAUAUGAAAAAGAAGGAAGAAGAAGAAAGGAAAAUGGAACAAAAAACAAAAUGUGAUACCUUCUACGAUUGGACAAAUUUCUCCGUUGUGGAAACAAUUAACUUUGACGAAAAUGACGAUUAUCUUCCCCAGUCCAUUGACUUUAACAAUGUCGAAAAUUAUGUCCUAAGCCAGCUAUUCGAUACGGAUAAAAAGUACACAAAUUUGGAAAAAAUUAAAAACAUCUCUUAUCACGAUAGCAAUGUAAACAAAACAGUUUACGCAGAUGGUGACAUGAUGGAACGAACAGACAAUGAAACAAUUGAUGCAGAUACGGAUAAGCAAGCUACCGAUCAAGCAGGAGAGGAGGAAUAUUACGAAAAUGGGGUGAGACGAAUUAAAAUGAGAGACAAACAUCAUAGUAAUGGAUACGAAGAGGAAUCCUCAGAUAGGUCCCUAGAAAAGGAAGACGUUUCGGGUAACAAAUACCCUAAACAGGGUCCAAAAGGAAGAAAAAUGAACGAAGAAAAUAAUGGCGCAGAAGGCGAUAACACAUUAGAGGAAGAGCAAGUUGUGGAGACCAAGGUAGGCCAGGAAGACGAUGAUAAUGAAGAAAGAAUCAUAGUUGUAAAGAAUUACGAAAAAUCAAAAAAGCAUCGCCUAAACAAUCAAAACAUGCACCUGUGCCCAAUCACAAAUCAACCAAUUGACAUCAACGAUAUGACGAAACAUUUGAAAACGUUAUUAUUGGAUCCGCAGUGGAAGGAACAGAAAGAUAAGCUAUAUGAAAAGGCAAAGAAAGAAGCAUCCUUCACUCCACUUGAAGAUAUUGAAGGAAAUUUAUCUCUUUUUGUCAUUAACAGACCAGAUCUUUUUGGCUCCAUUGACGAAGAAAUUAAUGAACACACAUUAAAUGAAAAUAAAAAGAACACGAAGAAUAUGAAAACCAAUAAGAAGGAGGAAGACGUCUACAGUUAUAUUCAUAAUAUUUACAAUAAAAUUCUGCCUGGGCCAUCCAUGGCCCACUACCCGCCAAAUGGAGACAGUACCAAAAAGGACUCGACUGAUCAAAAAAGUAAAAAACAAAGAAAAGGUUAA